GUGCAGAAGGAGAUGCAAGUGCUAAACAAAACUUGGUGGUCUCAUACUUUCGCAGCCACAACAAUGAAUCUACAUCUUCUUAUUUUCAUGCUUCUAAACAUCUCAGGUGCACAAGAUGUUCGUACUAUCAGUCAAGUGUCUGUCCAGGAAGGAAAGUCUAUUAUAAUUCCAUGUUGGUAUAAUCAAAUUUAUGUACAUCAUGUGAAAUACGUAAGUGUCGGACAGUAUUUUUUCAGUAGUAAGUAUGUGAGCUUAGAUGAUCAAAUGAAACACAAGACAAUAUCUGUUUCGGAUAAUAAAACUUUAAAUAUUUUGACGGUGGAAAUGAGGAGUCUUCUUAAGAGCCAGACGGGCACAUAUUGGUGUGGAAUUAAACUACCUGGACCUGAUGUUUCUAAAGGAUUCCAUUUAACAGUAACCAAAGGUAUCUCUGGCCUCUAUGUAGAGAAUCAGAUGUUGAUGGGUAUUGAGGCCGGUAGUGUAAGCAUCUACUGUCAUCAUCAUGCACCUCGUAAAAGAGAUGAGAUGUGGUGUAAACUGGGCGGUCAAUGUAUGAAUGGAACAUCUGGAUCCUUAGAUGGAGCUUCUGUUGAGGUCAAACAUAGUUCAGCACUAAUGAUUGUGACCAUGAGCAAACUGAAGAUGGAGAACACAGGAUGGUACUGGUGCUCUGCGAGGAAUCUACAAAUGCCUGUUCAUAUUACUGUAUUUGCCAAAAGAGAAACUAUCAGCACUGCCACCACAGAGUUGACCUCUAAACAGCCAACGGCAUCCAGCACUGUACAGCUAUCAGGAACCUUCACAUCGGUUCAUUUAAAAAAUCUAAGUCAUAUUGAGGAACCUGCCUUAUGGCUAAUGAUUCUGGGAAUAAUUUUUGUGCUAAUAGUGAUAUGUAGCGGUUCUGCAGUGAUAUUGCGCAAAAAGAAACAGAAGCCAAGAAAUUCCACAUCAAGAAAACAACAGCCAGACACUAACAGCGAAGAAACACACUUCAGUUCACGUGAAACACAACCGACACAGACAUCACAAGCAGAUCCUGGAGACUAUGAGUUGAUCUACUCGACGGUUUCAUUUAAAGAACAAUAACAGGUCAAGGGAUAUUCUGAUCAAGACUGUAUCUGAGAAUGGAGGUUUCUAUCAUGCUACCAUCAGGGACUUUUUUAGCUUCCUCAAGAAAGUUGCCAUGUUUGCAAAUGGUUUCCUACAUGUAAAUAGACACAUGUGAAGUGACUUCAGAAUCAGUCUUCAGUGUUUAUGAGCAACUUACUGAUGAUGACAGUUCAGUAAAAGGUUGUGUUGACAAAACUAGUAAAUAAGUAAAUAACUAGUAAUAAGGUACUCGAUGCUGUUCUUUAUAACUUGAUUGCUUUAAUACAAUGGUUACCCCAUAAUACAAGAAUUAAAGCCAUAACAUAUAGGAAGAGUUUGGUUCCAAAAUGAGAUAACUCUAUUAAAAAAUAAUAAAAAUUGAAUUGUAUUAAUAUGAUUUAAACUGCUGUUGGUUGUUUUUAACGAAACAAAACAUAAUAACAAAACAAUACAGCUGACUAACAAAAUAAAAGCAUGAAAACAUAAUAAAAAACAUGUUUUUUGAAAAUUCUUAAAAAUGGACAUCAACAACAACAGACAAAACCGACAUUACUCUGAUUUAAUUUUUUAAAUAGGCCUCUGUUUGAAGUACAUAUAACAAACACUAUUUAUUAUG